ACCUGGGCUCAGGAGCAAAGCCACGGUCAGAACCCAGCCUCUGGCACCGAGUUUCCUGAAAAGGACCCUGUGGCCCUGGGCACCUUCUGCGGGGGCUUCACUGCCCUUGCCCACAGCCGUCUCUCUUCCCCUGGGACAUGGGCAGAGCAGGGGCCCCGAGACCCAGCAGCCUGUCCUCCGCGCCAGAUCUCCAGGACAGGAUCCUCAGCGAGCCCCUCAAGCACUCCGACUUCUUCAACGUCAAGGAGCUGUUUUCCGUGAGAAGUCUCUUUGAUGCCCGGGUGCACCUGGGACACAAAGCCGGCUGUAGGCACAGGUUUAUGGAGCCCUACAUCUUCGGGAGCCGCCUGAACCAGGACAUCAUCGACCUGGAACAAACAGCCACACACCUGCAGCUGGCCUUGAACUUCACAGCUCAUGUGGCCUAUCGCAAGGGCAUCAUCUUGUUCGUGGGCCGCAAUCGUCAGUUCUCAUACCUGAUCGAGAACACAGCCCGGGACUGUGGUGAGUACGCCCACACCCGCUACUUCAAGGGUGGCCUGCUGACCAACGCGCCCCUUCUGCUGGGCCCUGGGGCCCGACUGCCAGACCUGAUCAUCUUUCUGCACACGCUCAACAACAUCUUUGAGCCCCACGUGGCCGUAAGAGACGCAGCGAAGAUGAACAUCCCCACAGUGGGCAUCGUGGACACCAACUGCAACCCCUGCCUCAUCACAUACCCCGUGCCCGGCAAUGACGACUCACCCCCAUCCAUCCAGCUUUUCUGCAGGCUCUUCCGUACCACCAUCAACCGGGCCAAAGAGAAACGGAGGCAGGUCGAGGCCCUGUAUCGACUGCAGGGCCAGGAGGGGACCGAGGGCCGGGGUCCUGCUAACCCUUCAUCCCCAGGCACACAGGCCCCGCUAGAAGUGGGUCGUUCGCUGUGACAUGUCCACUCUCCUCCCAAAUAAAAACAGUGGUCAGGCCUGUUCUAAAUUAGAAAA